ACCGGGGCGGGGCGGGGCGGAGCCGCCGCGACCACGGGCUUCAGGCAUGGCUGCAGAUGCGAGGCCCAGCUGUACCUCGCGGGUCCAGGGUCGGGAGUCGGAGACGCAGGCGCAGGAGAGGGCUGGGCAAGUAGCGCAUUUCCAGCGCAUUUUCUCUUUGCAUUCUCGAGAUCGCUUAGCCGCGCUUUAAAAAGGUUUGCAUCAGCUCUGAGUCCAUCUGACAAGCGAGGAAACUAAGGCUGAGAAGUGGGAGGCGUUGCCAUCUGCAGGCCCAGGCAACCUGCUACGGGAAGACCGGGGACCAAGACCUCUGGGUUGGCUUUCCUAGACCAGCUCGGGUCUUCGAGUGUCGCGAGGAAGGGCCCUGCUCCUUUCGUUCCCUGCACCCCUGGCCGCUGCAGGUGGCUCCCUGGAGGAGGAGCUCCCACGCGGAGGAGGAGCCAAGGCAGCUGGGAGCGGGGACACCAUCCUCCUGGAUAAGAGGCAGAGGCCGGGAGGAACCCCGUCAGCCGCGCGGGCAGGAAGCUGUGGGAGCAGCCUCAUGGAAGAGAAGCAGAUCCUGUGCGUGGGGCUAGUGGUGCUGGACGUCAUCAGCCUGGUGGACAAGUACCCUAAGGAGGACUCGGAGAUAAGGUGUUUGUCCCAGAGAUGGCAGCGUGGAGGCAACGCGUCCAACUCCUGCACCGUUCUCUCCCUGCUCGGAGCCCCCUGUGCCUUCAUGGGCUCAAUGGCUCCUGGCCAUGUUGCUGAGAGCCUGCCAGAUGUGUCUGCUACAGACUUUGAGAAGGUUGAUCUGACCCAGUUCAAGUGGAUCCACAUUGAGGGCCGGAACGCAUCGGAGCAGGUGAAGAUGCUACAGCGGAUAGACGCACACAACACCAGGCAGCCUCCAGAGCAGAAGAUCCGGGUGUCCGUGGAGGUGGAGAAGCCACGAGAGGAGCUCUUCCAGCUGUUUGGCUACGGAGACGUGGUGUUUGUCAGCAAAGAUGUGGCCAAGCACUUGGGGUUCCAGUCAGCAGAGGAAGCCCUGAGGGGCUUUUAUGGUCGUGUGAGGAAAGGGGCUGUGCUUGUCUGUGCCUGGGCUGAGGAGGGCGCCGACGCCCUGGGCCCUGAUGGCAAAUUGCUCCACUCGGAUGCUUUCCCGCCACCCCGCGUGGUGGACACACUGGGAGCUGGAGACACCUUCAAUGCCUCCGUCAUCUUCAGCCUCUCCCAGGGGAGGAGCGUGCAGGAAGCACUGAGAUUCGGGUGCCAGGUGGCCGGCAAGAAGUGUGGCCUGCAGGGCUUUGAUGGCAUCGUGUGAGAGCAGGUGCCGGCUCCCCGCACACCAUGGAGACUACCAUUGCGGCUGCAUCGCCUUCUCCCCUCCAUCCAGCCUGGCGUCCAGGUUGCCCUGCUCAGGGGACAGAUGCAAGCUGUGGGGAGGACUCUGCCUGUGUCCUGUGUUCCCCACACGCCUCUCCCUGCAGAGCCUCAGAGCAAAUAAAUCUUCCUCAGAGCCAGCUUCUCCUGGCAGCUUCUGUCCUCAAUGUCUGAACUGCUCUGGCUGGGCAUUCCUGAGGCUCUGACUCUUCGAUCCUCCCUCUUUGUGUCCAUUCCCCAAAUUAACCUCUCCGCCCAGGCCCAGAGGAGGGGCUGCCUGGGCUAGAGCAGCGAGAAGUGCCCUGGGCUUGCCACCAGCUCUGCCCUGGCUGGGGAGGACACUCAGUGCCCCACACCCAGUGAACCUGCCAAAGAAGCCGUGAGAGCUCUUCGGGGCCCUGCGUUGUGCAGACUCUAUUCCCAUAGCUCAGAAGCUGGGAGUCCACACCGCUGAGCUGAACUGACAGGCCAGUGGGAGGCAGGGGUGCGCCUCCUCUGCCCUGCCCACCAGCCUGUGAUUUGAUGGGGUCUUCAUUGUCCAAAAAUACCUCCUCCCGCUGACUGCCCCAGAGCCUGAAAGUCUCACCCUUGGAGCCCACCUUGGAAUUAAGGGCAUGCCUCAGCCACAAAUGUGACCCAGGAUACAGAGUGUUGCUGUCCUCAGGGAGGUCCGAUCUGGAACACAUAUUGGAAUUGGGGCCAACUCCAAUAUAGGGUGGGUAAGGCCUUAUAAUGUAAAGAGCAUAUAAUGUAAAGGGCUUUAGAGUCAGACAGACCUGGAUUCAAAUCUGCCAUUUAAUUAGCUGCAUAUCACCUUAGGGUACAGCACUUAAUGCAAUCUGCCUCAAUUGCUUCAUCUGUCAAAUGGAACAAAUUCUGCUUGGCUACAGAAUUAUUGUGAGGAUAAAAUCAUAUAUAAAGUGUCCAGCAUGAUGCCUGAUGUGUACAAGGCUCUCAAAAA